AUGUCAAACGUCAAAAAACGUCCCGCCAAACUCUAUCAUCCGGAAAACGUACCCGACGAUGACUGGCAACCUUCUGCAGGUGUUGUGAUUAAAUUACUUCUUUCGGUUCGAAUUUCUGCUGCACUCUGGUCAAGUAUCGACACCAAGACUGAAGUCUUCGGUUUUUAUGAGGGAUUGCAUCGCUUGCUCUACGGAGACGGAUUCAACACAUGGGAGUUGCUUGAUAACACAAACUACUACAGCCGUGUUUUUCUAAUCUGGAUCUAUUCAAUUCCUGCUAGCAUUUUUGUCAAUUGCUUCGGUGAUUCAAAAAUCGUCGUCUUCACUUGUGUUCGCUUGAUGACGGGACUGCUUUGUCUUUUGGGAGAGUACUAUGCCUUCUAUGCUAUCAGUAAAAGAAUCAACGUAGCGACUGGACGAUACUUUCUUUUAUUUACCAUUCUGUCUCCUGGAAUGUUUCAUGCUAGUGUCACGUUCUCGGAUCUCUCCUUCACUAUGAUAUGUACAUUUUACUUUAUCGCAGCUUUUCUGGACGAACAAUGGGUGGUUUGUAUCAUUUCACUAUUGUUUGCGGUUUUUUUCGGAACACCGUUUAUCUUCGUGCUAGGUGUGGUUCUCACUCAUGCUACUGCCCUGAAGAAGGAGAUUUUCAAGUGGACGGGAGUCUUUAUGUGUCUUUGUAUGAUCUUCUCUCUUGUGAGACUACGAGUAGUAGCGUCUCAACUAAGAACACUUCCUGAAUAUGAAGCUCCUCUCGGCCACAAUAAUACUGGAUAUGAACAUGCGACAAUCAACCCUUACAAGGAAAACCUCUUUUUCAACUGGAACUUUGCCAUAUUCUAUGCAUUCGUUGGAUUUGUUCUAUCUUACAAGACAUUCACAAAAUUUCGGCUUCCAUCAAAUUAUGAGAAACGACUGUUCCUCCCCAAAGAGCGCAAUCUUUUAAUCGACUAUCUUCCUAUUCUUCAUUGUGCAUUCAUUGUCUUUAUGUGGUCUUUAGUUUUCGGAUUGCCUUCAACGGAAGAAGAACAUAUCGCUUUUCCAAUGUACCCCUUCAUCUCCCUUUUCGCAGCUCUCGCAGCUGAUUCCAUGCUUCGACUGUUUUUUGACAAAACAAAAAAGCUUGAGAAUAAUAUGUAUAAGAACAUGUUAUAUUCUUCCAUUGGACUGUUCGCCCUUUUUUCUGUUAUGAGGUCUUUUUCUGUAUAUCACAGUUAUGGAUCCCAUGUCGAAAUUUACAAAGGAUUGCACCAAGAACUAAACGCACACGAAGAAUUCGAUAGAUUCAAUGAUCCAAUCACAUUGUGCAUUGGCAAAGAAUGGCAGUAUUUCCCUUCUUCUUUCUUCCUCCCCGAACGUGUAUAUGAUGGAAAGCUGAAUCCACGCAAGUUCCAGAUGCGUUUCCUGCAAAGUGCAUAUAAUUGCUCACUUCAAACAAAGUACGCAGUUGUAAACAAUACGACCGACACCUCCAUUGAUGAGAAUAGACGUCCCACAAUAAACAACAGCUUGGAAUUCUGUGAUUACGUCAUUGACAUGGAUAUGCCUGCCACAGAAAAGGAACCGAACUUCGGAAACAUGGCAGAAAAAUGGAAACCAAUCCUAUCAUUACCGGUUAUUGAUGCGAAUCAAUCGGAUAUGUUCUUCAAAAAUUUCUAUCUCCCCGUCUUUGCCGGAACUCUCAAUAAAUAUACGACGUGCACUCUCUACCGGAAAAAGAUCACAUAA